CCGGCUCCAGAGUUGCUUACUUCCGGUUGCUUGUCUGUGGGAUCUGUGUUGCUGUGGUGAGAGGAAGAGAGGCUUCGGAGGCUUCGGAGGCUUGGCAUGGAGCAGCCCGGCGCCGAGAGCGAUGGCGACCCCGUGGGAGGACCCGACCCGCAGCUGGCAGCCACGAUGGGUUUCUCAGGGUUUGGAAAGAAAGCUCGAACAUUUGAUUUCAACGCAAUGUUUGAACAAACUCGAAGAACUGCUGUGGAAAGAAGUAGAAAGAUUCUGGAAGAACGUGAGAAAGCAGCAGCUGAGAAAGAAAAAGAACUGGAUAAUCAGCCUGGGGUUGGUAAUUUAUCAGCUGCAGCCCCAUGCCCAGUAGGAAGAACAUCUUCCAGAGAUUCAUCGAGCAGUGAAAGCGAGGACAGUUCAGAUGAAGAACUGAUUGGUCCACCUCCUCCAGCCCAAGGCGCAUUGGAAGAUUCAGAUGAUGAACUCAUUGGCCCACCACUUCCUCCUGGCUAUAAGGACAGUGAUGAUGAAGAUGAGGAGGAUGACAAUGAUAAUAUCCAGGAAGAAGAUGAGGAUCCUGUGAGGAAGAUUCCUGACUCACAUGAAAUUACACUGAAUCAUGGAACUAAAACAGUAUCUGCAUUAGGACUGGAUCCUUCAGGUGCCCGUUUGAUAACUGGCGGCUAUGACUAUGAUGUUAGAUUUUGGGAUUUUGCUGGAAUGGAUGCAUCACUUCAAGCUUUUCGAUCUCUGCAACCAUGUGAAUGUCAUCAGAUAAAGUCUCUGCAAUACAGCAGUACAGGAGAUGUCAUUCUUGUUGUUGCGGGUAAUGCACAAGCUAAAGUUCUUGACAGAGAUGGCUUUCCUGUAAUGGAGUGUGUUAAAGGAGACCAGUAUAUUGUAGACAUGGCUAACACCAAGGGACAUACAGCAAUGCUCAAUUCAGGUUGCUGGCAUCCCAAAAUAAAGGAGGAGUUCUUGACAUGCUCCAAUGAUGGGACUGUGAGAACCUGGGAUGUCACAAAUGACAAAAAACACAAAGGUGUGUUUAAACCACGGUCGGCUCAAGGUAAACGGGUGAUACCUACAAGCUGCACAUACAGCAGAGAUGGAAAACUCAUUGCCGCAGGAAGCCAAGAUGGUUCCAUUCAGAUCUGGGACAGAAAUAUGAAUGUUCAUACCAAGUUCCACUGCAGGCAGGCACAUGCUCCAGGCAGUGACACUUCAUGCUUGACAUUUUCCUAUGAUGGUACAAUUCUUGCCAGUCGGGGAGGUGAUGAUACUUUAAAAACAUGGGACAUGAGAAAGUUUAAAACACCUCUUAAUUCUGUGGUUGGUCUCCCUAGUUUCUUUCCUAUGACUGACUGCUGUUUUAGUCCAGAUGAUAAAUUGCUUGUAACUGGUACUUCUGUUAAGAAAGGACAUGGUAAUGGAAAACUACUCUUUUUUGAGCGGGAGACAUUUAAGAAAGUGUAUGAGAUAGAUGUCACAGAUGCAAGUGUUGUCCGUUGUCUCUGGCAUCCUAAGUUGAAUCAAAUCAUGGUUGGCACCGGGAAUGGAUUGGCUAAGGUGUACUAUGAUCCUUUCAGGAGUCAAAGGGGAGCAAAAUUAUGUGUUGUAAAGACAAAAAGAAAAGAGAGACAAGCAGAGACACUCACACAGGAUUAUAUUAUCACACCACAUGCACUUCCAAUGUUUCGUGAGCCACGCCAACGAAGUACAAGAAAGCAGCUGGAAAAGGAUAGAUUGGAUCCAAUGAAAUCUCAUAAACCUGAACCUCCAGUUGCAGGACCAGGUCGUGGUGGCCGUGUUGGAACUCAUGGCGGUACUCUGUCUUCAUACAUAGUCAAGAAUAUUGCACUGGAUAAAACUGAUGAUAGCAACCCUCGGGAGGCCAUUUUACGACAUGCAAAGGAAGCAGAGGAGAACCCAUACUGGGUUGCUCCAGCGUAUUCCAAGACCCAGCCAAAAACUGUUUUUGCAGAAGUAGAAUCAGAUGAAGAUGAACCAGAUGACAAACCAGAAUGGAAAAAACGUAAAAUUUGAAGCGCUGGAAGAGACUCACAAAAAACUUGGGACAGAGUUGAAUUCUUUUUACUUCAGCAAAAAAUACCAUAUUUCUGCAAGCAGAGUUGUUUUUUUAUGUAUGGGACUAUUUCUCCCCAUUUAAAAGUUUAUAAUUUAGCAUAAAUCGAAGAGAAAAUGUUUAGAUUAAGUCCCUAUUUUGUCAGGGAUCUUUUUUCAAAAUAUCCUAAACUACAUCAUGCUGAAAACAUACUAUAAAAUGUUUUUAAUUCCGAUAGGGUUCAUGUGAAUUUGUGACAUAGCCUCAUAUACUUUUGAGAAAAUUGGAUAGUUGCAGGUAUUGAUAAUAUCAACUGGACCAUUUCUAGCUCCAUAUAUGCUUUCGGUAUUUUUAUGUUGAAUAAUUUGCUUUCAAUCAUGUUAUUUCACACUUUCAUCUAUUGUCAGUUUUUAAUAUAUGCUUUUAAUGCACAUUGGGCAUUGUACAGAAUGCUGUAUUUAUUUUCAGCUAUAUACAAAAAGUGAAUAUUUCAAUAUAAACAUAUAACAAAUUUA